AUGUAUAUGCUAACCGUUUUUAUAGGUAAAUGAACACAAAAGAAAUUCUUAGAUAUGUUUAACGAAUUAAUAGAGCUUAAAGAAAUCUUCAAUAACAAGAGGAUCUUGCUUUUAAAUAUUUGGAUAAAAGAUUCUAAUAAUAUAGAAUAUGAAUGGGUUCUUAAAAUUGAAGAAUUUCUUCACUCAUAUUCAGAUUGUAUAUAA